UUCUGGAGCCUUCUUCUCGACCAUCCGUCCCCACCUAGCCGCCCUUAUAUGCUCCACCCCAUUAACCCAAAGCCAGCGGAAUUCCUUCGGUCGCGACGCAUUUAGAGUUCUUGGCUCUCGCUUUUUGAUCGAGAUCGGUCUAGGUUUUCGUCGGCGGAGUUGGGGGUUCUUGGUCUCCGUUUCUGCGGCUUUGGAUCGAGAUAUUCGUGAGGAUUUUUGGGUGAUAGAAGAUGUUCGGAAGGGCGCCGAAGAAAAGCGACAACACGAGGUACUAUGAGAUCCUCGGGGUGUCGAAGAACGCGUCGCAGGAGGACCUGAAGAAAGCCUACCGGAAAGCCGCGAUCAAGAACCAUCCCGACAAGGGAGGCGACCCCGAGAAGUUCAAGGAGUUGGCCCAGGCUUAUGAGGUUCUGAGUGAUCCUGAGAAGCGUGAGAUCUAUGAUCAAUAUGGUGAGGAUGCCCUCAAGGAAGGAAUGGGUGGUGGCGGCGGCCACGACCCAUUUGAUAUCUUCCAAUCUUUCUUUGGUGGAAACCCCUUUGGAGGUGGAAGCAGCCGGGGCCGAAGACAGAGGAGGGGAGAAGAUGUGAUCCAUCCUCUCAAGGUUUCCUUGGAAGACCUGUACAAUGGCACAUCAAAGAAGCUUUCUCUUUCCCGAAAUGUCAUCUGCCAGAAGUGCAAAGGUAAGGGCUCAAAAUCUGGUGCUUCGAUGACAUGCCCUGGCUGUCAGGGUUCAGGUAUGAAGGUCUCAAUUCGUCAGCUGGGACCUUCCAUGAUUCAACAAAUGCAGCAUCCAUGCAAUGAGUGCAAGGGAACUGGAGAGACCAUCAAUGAGAAGGAUAGGUGCCCACAGUGCAAAGGUGAGAAGGUUGUGCAGGAGAAAAAAGUCCUGGAGGUUGUGGUCGAGAAGGGUAUGCAGAAUGGCCAGAAGAUAACUUUCCCUGGAGAGGCGGAUGAAGCGCCUGAUACAGUUACAGGAGACAUUGUGUUUGUGCUCCAACAGAAGGAUCAUCCCAAGUUCAAAAGAAAGGGUGAUGAUCUCUUUUUCGAGCACACGCUGUCUCUCACUGAGGCCCUAUGUGGCUUCCAAUUUGUCUUGACUCAUUUGGAUAACAGGCAGUUGCUUAUCAAGUCGAACCCUGGUGAAGUUGUUAAGCCUGAUCAAUUCAAGGCCAUAAAUGAUGAAGGCAUGCCGAUGUAUCAGAGGCCGUUCAUGAGGGGAAAACUCUACAUCCAUUUUACAGUUGAUUUCCCAGAUUCACUGACGCUUGAGCAGUGCAAAGCUCUUGAAGCUGUGCUUCCUCCAAAGCCUGUUUCUCAGCUGACGGACAUGGAGCUGGAUGAGUGUGAGGAGACUACUCUUCAUGAUGUUAACAUUGAAGAGGAGAUGAGGAGGAAGCAGGCCCAGGCUCAGGAGGCAUACGAGGAGGAUGAGGAUGUUCAUGGUGGUGCCCAGAGGGUGCAGUGCGCUCAACAAUGAGUGGGAGUAGGCUUUAUAGUUCGACAUCAAGAUCACAGUCUAAUUUCGGUGGCUAUAAUUGUAGGCACUGCUCUCUAUUUGCUGAUGUGGUGGUAUUCAUCUUGCUGUGGUAAUUAUACAGUCAACUGGUGUAUCCAGCUUACGUGUUUAAUGCUUUCAUCGUUACUCUUUUCUUCGAAUGCUUUUUAAAUACUGUGGGUCUGUUUUCAAAAUUAUCUGCAUUUUGAUGACUACGAAAGUUGUGAUGAAUCCCUUUUAUC